CAUUUAUGGGGACAAUUAGGAAUUGUUGCAAACAAGGCAAUAUUCUAGAAAGAUUCGGCCACAACUUGCCUAUCAAGAGGGUUUGGUGGCAAAUGGCUUGGUGACAAUUGUCUAAUCCCCACCUAAAAUAUCCCAACCCACCAUAAUUACUACUCCCAGAACUCCUAACUUCCAACUUCCACAUGUAAUUGUAAUUUGUAAACAAAAUCUUCUGACUCCAUCCAACAUGGAACACAUCAUCUCAUUUAAAGAUUCUGCUUUGAAAGUGGUAGUAAAAUAUGGUGAUCAUAUUGAAAAUGUUGUAUACCUGAACAGUGCUGAGCUGCAGGGUUGAGGAUCCACCCACCGAGUAAAGUUUAUACCUUUAUGCUUGUGACAUUAUAGCAAAUUUGUUCCUAAUCUCUUUCAAAGCCUAACCCAACGCAGCUCAUGGGGCUUUCUGAUUUUGAAUUCCCCAAUUCAGGAAAACACACCUCAAUCUAGAAUUUUGGGACCCCACGGUCAAUACCCACAAGGAUCUUGCUCUUUAGACCCUGAAAUGGCUUUUGGGAACUACGGAGACGCAAUGACACAUGGGUUUUCCGUUGAAAAGAGACCAUCGCCGCCUCAGAAUCGUGAGUUCCUGCAGCGGCCGGGUAGGCUUGGCUGUUUCCGGCGACGGGUUUCUUCCCCUCUGGAACCCGAUGAAGGAGCUCAAGUCUGCAAUAUAUCUUUGGGAUUAGGCCAUUGGGGAAAAAGCGAAUACAAACCUGGCCCAAAAAGUCAAAAACAUACCCAGCCUGCAGAUCUUAACUGGCCCAACUCGAUUUAGAGGUAAGAUGUGCAGUCAAAGAUAUGGAUUAUGGAAUGAUAAAUUUAAGAUUCAAGAUCUUAGAGAAGGCAGAAAGCUAUUGUACGACAUUGUACACGCUCCAAAUCUAGCAAAACAAGAUUUGAGAUAAUCUCAAGCCGAAAGUGAUCCACCAAUAUCCUGCAAAAAACAAGAAAUAUUGCUACUUUCA